AUGGCACCGACCACUACUAUCACAGCUGGCAAUAUACCAGUAGCCGUCUUCACCCCAGGAAAGAGAUAUAUUGCUGCGUGUACUUCAAUAUUGAUUGUUAAUCUUGCUUGUGCACUCGAUGCUACAACAAUAGCAGUUGCUCUUCCAACAAUAUCCGAAGCCCUCAAUGGAAAUGCAAUUGAGGCUUUCUGGGCCGGUACUUCUUUCCUCCUCACCUCUACCAUUUGGCAACCCGUAUUCAUAGCACUAUCACAUGUAUUUGGACGCAGACCGUUACUCUUGUUCUCACUCAUUCUUUUUACAAUUGGCUCUAGUCUAGGGGGAGCAGCACAAAGUAUGCCUUCCUUGUUAGUAGGCCGUUGCCUGCAAGGAAGUGGUGUUGGUGGCAUUCUUGCACUCACAGAAGCUCUAAUAACGGAUAUGGUACCAUUACGCCAAAGAGGAAAUGCAAUGGCUCUUCUAGGCGUGGUAUGGGCAUUGGGUAGUGUCACUGGACCACUAAUUGGUGGUACUUUGGCUGAUAAAAAUGCUUGGAGAUGGAUAUUCUACCUCAAUCUACCCAUAAUCGCAAUAGGAUUUGUAGGAUGUGUUUGGUUUUUGAAAUUGGAGAGAAAAGAAAGAACGAUAGAAGAGAAGUUGUCUGAAAUCGAUUACAUCGGAUCGAUUAUCUUUGUUGGGUCACUAACCUCAUUUCUUAUCCCCUUGACUUGGGGUGGAGUCAGUUAUUCAUGGAAAAGCUGGCAUACUUUGAUUCCACUGCUGAUAGGAGCUACUGGACUUGUUAUUUUCUGCAUAUAUGAAGCGAUGCUUGCAAAGAAACCCAUCAUACCAACUCGACUUUUCCGCAACCCUUCAACGACAAUUGCUUACUUUUGUACUUUCUUACAUGGAAUGAUUCUCUGGUCAAUCGUCUAUUAUGCCCCCUUCUACUUUAUGUCUGUCCAAGGCUACACAUCGAUGAUGGCAGGUGUGGCCGCCCUUCCAGAAACCCUUACUAUUGUCCCCAUGGCUAUUAUCGUUGGAAUCUUCGCUGCAAAAACAGGAAAAUAUCGUUGGAGUCUAUGGCUCGGAUGGGCUUUAACAGCUUUCGGUUGUGGUAUGCUAUAUCUUCUUGAUGUUGGAACACCGGUUGUGGCAUGGGUUUUUCUGAUGCUAGGAAGUGGUAUUGGUAUGGGACUUCUGUAUCCAGCUAUGAGUUUAGCUAUUCAAGCUUCGGCUCCACAGGAGGAUGCUGCUACUGCAGCAGGACUGUUCACGUUCUUUAGGGCGUUGGGUCAAACCGUUGGGGUGGCGAUUACUGCCUUUGGAGUUUAUCUUGGAGAACCUGCACACAUCUCCAUUCAAACCGGCGUUACUUCUCCUCCCUAUGCCACACCUGCCGCUGUCAAAGGUCGAGUAUUGGCUUUUAUAGAACUCAGGGCCACCCAAGACUUUACCAUAAUCGUAGCACAGUUUGGAUACACGAUCGAAGAGGUGACUGCCAAUGUAGUGGCUUUGAUUCCAUUAAUUAAUGCUCUCCCACCUGAAAGUCCAGAAGUUGUGGACUUUAGGCUUGUAUCUGCAACGUCCAUCAAGACUAUCUGGCUCGCCAUGUGUGCAUUUGCUGUAACUGGAUUGAUCUCUAGUUGUUUUGUUAAGAGCUAUGGUCUUGAUCAAGCUCUUGUAACGGAUCAAGGCUUUGCAAUUGGAGUAAAGAAAGUUGAUCUCGAGAAAACAGAGGUGACUAAGAAGGGUGGCCAAUUUGAGACUUCGAAAACGUCUGUAAAUGAGGAAGUCAAGGAGCUGGUUGAUUCACCUCACUUAUCAGUCAAUCGAAGUAUCGACAAGGUGAGUGAAUGGGAGAAACUGGACAUAUUCGGCAACCGGAAAAGUGUCAAGUCGAAUGAUGUAGAAAAGUUGAAGCUUUCUGCCGGCGAGAGGAGGGAAUAUUUGAAGAUGCCAGAAGAAGACGCUUGUCCUAUGUUCGGAAAAGACUAUUAA